AUGCCAUCCUCUCCAAUUGGUGGUUCUGAUUCAAGAUUUGAAUUAAAAGACUUGAAAAAUGGAACAACAGAAAUUAAGUCCACUGAACAAGAAAAUGAAGUUGAAUAUUUUGAAACGUUGAAAAAUAGUAAUGGUUCCCAAAAUGAUUAUUCCUAUUCUGAUAAUAAACCUGUCUCAAGAUUUAGAAAAUUUAUCGAUUCCUUUAAAAGAGCAGAUGAUCCUGUUCAUGAUACUCAUGGUACUAGUUCUGACAUGGAUAUUGAAAUGGGUUCAAAUGAAGGUGAUGCUGAUAUGAUUGUAGAUGCUAUGGCCAAAAAGACAGAUGGUGAAGCUAGUAAUGAUGAAACUGACAAAAAGUUGAAAAAGACUAUUAAACCUCGUCAUGUUAUCAUGAUCUCCUUAGGUACUGGGAUUGGUACUGGUUUAUUAGUUGGUAAUGGUGCCACUUUGUCCCACGGUGGCCCAGGUGCCUUGGUUAUUGGUUAUGCUAUCAUGGGUUUAAUGGUUUAUUGUAUUAUUCAGGCAUGUGGUGAAAUGGCUGUCAACUAUUUGACUUUAGUUGGUGGAUUUAAUGCUUAUCCAAGUUUUCUAAUCGAUCCUGCUCUUGGAUUCUCUGUCGCUUGGGUUUAUUGUCUCCAAUGGCUUUGUGUUUGUCCUCUUGAAUUGGUUACUGCUUCUAUGACAAUCAAAUAUUGGACUACAAAAGUUGAUCCUGAUAUCUUUGUCGUCAUCUUCUAUGUCUUAAUUGUGGGUAUUAAUCUUCUUGGUGGUGCUGCCGGUUAUGCUGAAGCAGAAUUCUUUUUUAACACUUGUAAAUGUCUAAUGAUGGCUGGAUUCUUCACUUUAGGCAUUAUAAUCAUCUGUGGUGGUGCUGGUACCAGUGGUUACAUUGGUGGUCGUUAUUGGCAUGAUCCUGGUGCAUUUAGAGGUGAUAAAGCAAUUGAUCGUUUCAAAGGUGUUGUUAAUGUUUUCGUUACUGCAGCUUUCUCUUUUGGUCAAUCUGAAUUUAUUGCCAUCACUGCUUCUGAACAAUCCAAUCCACGUAAAGCUAUUCCAUCCGCGGCUAAGAAGAUUAUUUAUAGAGCUUUAUGUAUUUAUUUGGCUUCCAUCAUCAUUAUUGGGUUCCUUGUCCCUUAUAACUCUAAUCAACUACUAGGUACCCAAUCUAACGGUAUUAAAGCAUCUCCAUAUGUCUUAGCUAUUGCUAACCAUGGUGUUAGAGUCGUCCCACAUUUCAUUAAUACUGUUAUUAUCCUUUCGGUUUUGUCUGUUGCAAAUUCCGCCUUUUACUCUAGUUCAAGAAUGUUGUUAACUUUAGCUAAACAAGGUUAUGCACCCCAAAUCUUUACUUAUAUUGACAGAGCUGGUAGACCAUUAAUGGGUAUCUUAGCCGCAUGUUUAUUCGGUGUCAUUGCCUUUUGUGCAUCAUCUCCAAAGGAGGAUGAGGUCUUCACUUGGUUAUUGUCCAUUUCUGGUCUAUCUCAACUUUUCACAUGGAUGUCUAUAUGUUUAUCUCAUAUCAGAUUCAGAAUGGCUAUGAAAGCUCAAGGUAGAUCUCUUGGCGAAAUUGGUUAUUUGUCACAAGUUGGUAUCUGGGGGUCCAUCUUUUCUUUUACCUUGAUGUUUUUGAUUCUUAUUGGUCAAUUCUGGGUGGCCCUUGCACCAAUUGGUGAAGGAAAAAUAGAUGUUCAGUCAUUCUUUGAAAAUUAUCUAGCUAUGCCAAUUUUAAUAGUUUUUUACUUUGGUUACAAAAUCUGGAAGAGGGACUGGAGAUUAUAUAUUAGAGCCUCUGAUAUUGAUUUAAUUUAUCAAAGACAUAUUUACGAUGAAGAAGUGUUAAGACAAGAACAAGAGGAAUACAGAGAAAAACUAAAAAAUGGCCCAAGGUGGAAAAGAUACUGGGCUUUCUGGUGUUGA